AUGGCUCAAGUUCAUGGUGAACUUUUUACUACUCGCAUGAGGAAAGCUACAAGAAAAAUUCAUUCAGUGAGCGAUGCAUUGGUUAAUGCAAAGUUUGCGAUUUCAUUACGUGAUGAAAAAGUAUGGGGUGGAGGACUGUAUGUAUUUUACCAUAUAUUCGCUUAUCUGGAAGAUGCGAAGAAAAGAUUGAAUUUGUCAGACUUUGAUAGAUUAUUUGUUCACAAACUCUUAUACAGAAAACUGGCCUUUGAAGAAGACCUCGCUCAUUAUCUGGGACCAGAUUGGAAGUCUCUGCCUAAGUCUAAUGCUUUAGAAAAUUAUUUAGAACACCUGCAAAACUUAGAAAAAGAGAAUCCGCAGCUUUUAAUGGCUUAUAUCUAUCAUUUGUAUCUGGGCUUACUUAGUGGUGGACAGAUACUUACAAAGAAACGCAAAAUGUUUGGAGACAAAAGUGAUGCAACAGCUGGAUACAAUGAUAAAGUGACAGAUUUCACUGGAGUAGAUAUAGCUCAAUUGAAGAAUGACUUUAAAGCUGCAAUGAAUGAAAUCGCUGAAAAAAUGACUGAAGAAGAGAAAGAAGCAUUUAUAGAGGAAAGCAACCAAGUGUUUCUAAUGAAUAAUCUGAUUGUCAACUCGGUAAGGGGCCAGAAUAAAGUUCUCUGUAAUUUAAUGUAUAAGGCAUCAGCUGUUAUGUUAGUAGUAAUUGGUGUUGUUAUGGUAUAUAAAUUACACAAAUAA